UCACUUCCGUAUAUACGUUUCCGGUGGAAAUGAACCAAUGGUGAUUGACUUCAUGCAACUUCACGAUAUUGCGUUUCGGUUAUGCAAAAUUAUUUGCUAGCAAGUGUGGUGCACGAAAAUUAACCGGAGCAGUUAAGGUUCAUUCCGGUGCGCAUAAUUUGCAAGAACGAAACGCAGGUGCCAGCGGCCGGUCUGCGGCCAACUUCGUGUGGAAAGCGCGUGCGCUCAUUGGCUCUGCGCAACGCAGCUCAUCCCGUUCCGUUCCAAUAGCAGCCGGGCGGGGAUUGUUCCUGAGCUCAUUCACUUCACUUCCGCAUCGUUCAUUCGGCGACGCCAUAGAAGUUAUUAUAAACUCUUGUGUUUCUCUUUAGCUUUGCAUCUUCGCCAUUUUGUUUGCACAGUGUUUCGAGCUUUUACUAACAAUUUUCAGGUGUUUAACGUGUGUUUAACCAUAGCAAUAAUAGUGGAAAUUGACGGCACGUUCAGCGAUCACUAAAUUAGUGAUAAUUGUGUCAGAUUGUAUAGUUUAAACUGCCAGCUUCAAUCUUCUGGCUGGGCUUCGCUAUUGGUUUUCUGUGCUUGAAGCCUGAACAGCACUUUAUAUUAUUGUGUGCAAUUUGUAAUUUUUUUGAGGAAGUCGUGUUGUGUGUCACAAUAUGGCCGACGACGAUCUCAAAAGGUUAAGAGCGGCCAGGGGACAAUCAAAGGCGGCCAUUACAAGGAUGAUGGCCUUUAAGGCGACAGCGGAGGCUGCUUCUAGCAGCGAUGCGGACCCUCUGCUAUACCAGCAGAAGAAUGAUAGGCUUGAAAAGACGUUUCAAGAAUAUAAGGAACUCAACCUUGAAAUUUCAUUGUUGGACCCUGCGGAUUCCGAACGUGUUGAGGACUUCGAGGAGAAAUAUGAUCUGCUCAAAUCGUUCUAUGCGGGUGUAGUAAACAAGGCAUUGGACGCCUCUACGUCGAGCGUCUCACCGCAACCAUCCUUUUCGUCUCCUGGAGGCUGUAAUGCCUCGCCAUUUAGGCUGCCUCCAAUAAAUCUGAAAGUGUUCGCGGGAGAGGUAGGUGAAUACCAGAGUUUCAUUUCACUCUUUAACAGCGUCAUUGAUGCAGAUGUAAAAUUGAAGGCUUGUGAAAAGCUAUAUUAUUUGAAAACUUAUUUAAGUGGAGAGGCCUUAGCGCUAAUUAAUUAUUUACCUCUCACAACUGAAUCUUACCCCAUUGCCAUUGAUCUUUUAAAGCAAAGGUAUGAUAAUCAAAAGCAGGUAGUUAAUCAUCACAUUGUGUCCAUACUAGAUUUACCGCCCAUGCAAAGGGCAUCUGCAGGAUGCAUAAGAAAUUUGGUUUCAGCUACUAGGCAACAUUUAGGUGCGCUAACAAAUUUAAAUGCCCCAGUUUCUCAGUGGGAUUUAAUUGUAGUUGCAAUCUUGCAAAGGAAACUUGACCAAUAUACACUUAGGGCUUACCAUUUGGAAAACCAAGGCAACAAUGAAUUACCAAAGUUACAUGAUUUUUUAACAUUUUUAGAGCAACGGGCUGCUGCCUUGGAGUCCCUGGGAGAGCGGACGCCUUCAGGGCGCCGGUCUAGUUUAGUUGCAAGUAGUGUUAAAGUGGCCAAGCCGCUUAAGUCGGGUAUAAACAAAUGCGCUUUUGCCGGAGCAGCUGCCAGCCCUGCCUAGCAAGCUGAUCCUGCAGAAUACACGCUUUGGGUUUAUCGUUGCUGGAUUGGCUGGUGCUUCCGACACAGCCCCGGUAUCCAACUUAGUAUCAAAUUAUUGCUGUCAACAGCUAACACACAACAGUGACAUAGGUAAA